AUGUCCGGGCUACACAUGUGGGCCCCUUGGCUUCUGUUCCUGUGGCAGGGGAUGUGGCUGCAGGUCCAGGCAGCUCCCAUUAUGGACUCUACCCUGCUAACCUCCAUCCCCCUGGAAUUCUCUGAUAUUCCAGAACCUACUUUGGAGGCUGGUGUUACAGCCCUCCAGCCAAAUGCAGCUCCUGUAAAGCACCCUAUGGUGACAAUUCCAAGUCCAGAGCCCGUUCAGGCUCAGCAGCCAAUCUUUCCACCUUUGGAACCAGGAGUCCCCAUCACUCCAGAACCAACUUUGGAGGCUGAGGCACCCUUGCAGCAGAAUGCGGCUCCUGCAAAGCACCCUGAGGUGACACUUCCAUCACCAGAGACUGUGCAGGCUCAACAACCAACCUUCACUCCAUUUGACCUGGAGCUCACCAUCACUCCAGAACCCACUUUGGAGGCUGGUGCUACAGCCCUGCAGCAGAAUGCAGCUCCUUCAGAGCACCCUGAAGUGACACUUCAACAGCCACAACUUGUUCAGGUUCAGCAGCCAUCUUUUUCUGAAGUCACAGCCACAGUUCUACCAUUUGACAUGGAGGUAACAAUAACUCAGCAACCAGAGUCAUCAGAGACAGUUCCUCCAGUGACUGAACAGAAUGCCAUUACGGACAUAUGUGAGCUCUGUUCCUGCAAUAAUGGGACGCUGUCGUGCAUUGGUUUUGCAUCAAACCAGAGGCUCCACAGAGUGCCAGUACCAGAGCCCAGCACCUACAAUGGCACCUUCACCGUCUUGUAA